AAUACACACAUUUGAGGAAUGUAUGCUAGAAUUUCUCAUUUUUCUAGUCCAAUUAUUAAUAAUUAUUAUUCACUCCCCUUGGCUUCUGCAUCUUCUCUCUCUUCAUCUGAUUCUCUUCACUGGCGAGAUUGCAGGAGUUGGAAGAUCCAACAAUGUCGACAUUUUCUCAGUUUUCUCCACAAGUUUUCUGUCAUCUCUCUAGGGCACCCUUUGAGCCAUAUGUUUCUUCUGAAUUUCCUUGAAAUUGAUCCAAUUCCAUCUUUAUUUUUACGUAAAGGCUCGGAAUUUAGGGUUUUUGGAUCAAAGCUCGAGUUUGCAAGCUUUUGAUAAUAGUCGUGUAUUUAUUUGGUUAAAUUUUGAGUGCUCGUCGAUUUUCUAAGGUUUGGGCUAAUAGUCGUGUAUUUAUUGGAAAUUGUGGCUUGUGGGGGGUUAAGAAGUUGAUUUGUUGAAUUUUGGGAUUUUGGUGUGUGCUUUGAUCUGCUGGCUCUGCAUGUCUAAUUCUUAAGGGGUCCUCUGCUGUUUCGUGGAGGAUCCCAAAAUCCUCGUCUUACAAUUGUGUUCAAAAUGCUUCCUUGUUUACUGGUUAAUUUAUGUAGGUGAAGUAGAAGAGAUGUUUCAUUGGGUUUUUCAGUGUUUUUUCUUAGCUGAUAAGUGAGACAAGUGUGCUUAAUUUGCUUUUAGCCAAUUGGUUUUGAGGAUUUGAAAUCAGUUUUUGUUUUUGUUUUUUGUUUUUGUUUUUGAGUGGGUUAGAUUGGGUUGGGGCGGGAGGAGGGGAAGAUGUUUGGUUCUGGUGUGGAUACUGGGCAUGAUAAUAGUGGGUUGUCCAGUCCUCUGUUGAUACCCACACGAUUUGUGUGGCGUUAUGGCGGCAGAAGGGUACUUCUUAGUGGUUCCUUCACCAGGUGGUCAAACCAUAUACUAUUGUCUCCAAUGGAGGGCUGCCCGACUGUGUUUCAGGUUAUCUGCAGCUUAACACCGGGAUAUCACGAGUACAAGUUUUUUGUUGAUGGAGAAUGGCGGCAUGAUGAGCACCAACCAUUUGUAAGUGGAAAUUAUGGGGUGGUGAACACUGUCUUCUUAGCUAGGGAGCCUGAUGUGAUUCCUGCAAUUUAUACUCCAGAGGCACCUGGUAGAUCUAGUAUGGAUGUGGAUAAUGAUCCAUUUUUUCAUUUGGAAGCAGUUCCAAGGAUAUCAGAGGCUGAUAUAGAUAUUUCUCGCCAACGUAUAUCUGUGUUCUUGUCAACACAUACUGCAUACGAGUUGCUUCCUGAAUCUGGCAAGGUCAUUGCCUUGGACGUGAAUUUACCAGUGAAGCAAGCAUUCCAUAUUCUGUAUGAGCAGGGAAUUCCUGUGGCUCCUCUCUGGGAUUUUUGCAAGGGUCAGUUUGUUGGAGUUCUUAGUGCAUUGGAUUUCAUCUUAAUUUUAAGAGAGCUUGGCAAUCAUGGAUCAAAUUUGACGGAGGAAGAGCUUGACACUCAUUCCAUAUCAGCUUGGAAAGAGGGAAAAUCACAUCUUAACAGACAAGUCGAUAGCAGUGGCAGAUCAUAUCCAAGAUGUCUUAUACAUGCUGGACCUUAUGAUUCUCUAAAAGAUGUUGCUUUAAAAAUUUUGCAAAAGAAGGUGGCUACAGUUCCCAUUAUCCAUUCUUCUUCACAGGAUGGUUCAUUUCCACAGCUAUUACAUCUGGCUUCCCUCUCUGAGAUUCUGAAAUGUAUUUGCAGGCAUUUUAGACAUUCUUCUAGCUCUUUGCCUAUCCUUCAACAACCAAUUUGUUUGCUUCCUCUGGGUACAUGGGUUCCGAAAAUUGGGGAAUCUAAUGGACAGUCAUUUGCAAUGCUGAGACCAAAUGCCCCUCUUAGUUCUGCCCUGUCUUUGUUUGUUCAAGCUGAAGUUAGUUCGAUACCUAUAGUGGAUGAUAAUGACUCAUUGCUGGAUAUAUAUUGUCGAAGUGACAUCACUGCUUUGGCAAAAGACAGGGCAUAUGCACAGAUUCGCCUUGAUGAAAUGAGUAUUCAUCAGCAAGCCAUGGAACCCUCACCCAGUUGGUGCACAUUGGACAUCAGCAUACAUGUGCAAUGGCAAGAAAACUUAAUUGUGAUACUCCCCAGAAUGGCUUUACAACUGGGGCAAGAUGUGAGUCCUUAUGGCUUCUUUAAUGGACAAAGAUGUCAGAUGUGUUUACGAUCUGAUCCUUUGCACAAAGUGAUGGAGCGUCUGGCAAAUCCUGGGGUCAGGAGGCUCGUAAUCGUGGAGGCUGGCAGCAAGCGUGUAGAGGGCAUUGUUUCACUAAGUGACGUGUUCAGGUUCUUGCUGGGUUAGCGAGAAUGGUUGCCAACCCUCAUCACAUCAAAACUGUUUCUCACGGUGGCUCUGGAGAGAUGACACAUUUAUCUCAUUCGACACUUAUCUCUGCUAUGCCCUCUCGGUUCCCUUACCUUCUUUCUGGGUUAAGUCUCAAUAUGUUGAUCUGCCUCUUUGAUUGGAUGGGACGUGAUUUUCUAGGCCCUACCAAUUUUUUAGGAUAUGAUUUUAAAAAAGGAUUAGGAAAAUCUGUAAAUUGAGAAGAUUCAAUUUUUUUUUUUCCCAACCUUGCCCUUAUAACCAAUCACAUACAAUCUGCAUGCCAACAAUAGCACUAUAAGGACUUUAGAAGUUCAAUAACUGGACUCAGUUGAAGCUGUUGCUGGUACAGCUGCCAUGCCAUGUUUCUUGCUCUUUACUGCAAACAGAAAAGUGGCAAAAAGAGCAAGAGAAGUUUGUAAGCAACUCAUGCUGUUUGGUUGGCUGUCCAUAAACAAAGAAAAGAGUGGGUUGAUAAAUUCAGGUUUAGUAUGCUCUUUGACUCUCACCACUUUUUUUUUAAUCGAUUUGUGUUGUAGCAUUUGCUGAUUUUACUUGAUAUCCCACAGUUUAGGUUAUUGGAUCUAUUUGUUUAUUCAAUUUACAUGGCCCCUUUGUGUU